CCGAGCGCUUUCUGGCGUAAUUAUAGGCAUGUUCUUCGGGCUGAACCAAACCCACCUACAUUUUUGAGCGGCUAUUGGCUGGUCAUUAGAACAGAGGACGUACAAUGCGUGGCAGUGGCUGCCAAUUGUAAACAUAAGGGAGAUAUACUCGAUUUUUUUAAGGGAGGGGCUAAGACUACGCUUCAGCUUUAUUGAGUUAGCCUGUUGCGAUUGAAUAACUGCGUAUAUUCUCGCUCGCACCCGUGGUUGUUUUCAAACCCGUCAAAGAACCAACUUUCUCUCGCCAGUUGCGCAGAAAUCACUCAAGGUUCCGGGGCUGAGGGGUGUGGUUCGACUUGACUGACAGACCCAUUACUCCUGUGAUACUCUCCUAAGCCUGAACAGGACAGCACCACACAUCUGCAACCCACCAUGGAUGAUGACUUUGAGCGUCGCCGAGAGCUCCGGAGGCAGAAGCGCGAGGAGAUGCGCCUGGAGGCGGAAAGGGUGAGUUACCCGAGAUACGAUGACGAUGACGAAGAGGCGGCGCGGGAGCGCAGACGCAGGGCUCGCCAGGAGCGGUUGCGCAACAGGGAGAACGAGGAGGCGGUCAGCACAGCAACGGAGAACGUGGAGAUCAACAGCAGCAACAGUGUGACAGAGACAGGAACCAGCAGCUCCGUGAGCUCGGCGGCGACCAGCGAGGACGACCAGGUGCUCCUGGAGCGGCUGGCCAAGCGCGAGGAGCGCAGGCAGAGGAGGAUGCGGGAGGCGCUGGAGAGGCAGAAGGAGCUGGACCCCACCAUCGCCGACGGCACGGAGGACAAUCAGGAGGAGAGGCCCGCCGGCCGGAGGGGCAGGCACCGUGACACCGAGGAGGACCAGGAGCAGGAAGUCAACAGCCGGGCCUCCGAAGCCAACACCUGGAAGGAGAAGGAGAGAGAGGAGGAGGAGAAGAAGGAGGAGGAGGUGAAGGCGGAGAAACGGGAGGAAGAGAAGGCAGCCGCAGAUCAGGUGGAGGCUGAGACGGAGGAGCCUGCGCCAGAGGCAGAGAACGCAGCAGAGGAGGAGGUGGUGGAGGAGAAGCAGGAGGAAGUGGAGGAGAAGCCAAGGAGGUCCUACAUGAGGGAACAGGUAGUUGAAGAAAAACCGAAAAGGUCCUUCAUGAAAGAGCAGGAGGUAGUAGAGGAGAAGACCAAACGGUCCUUCAAAAAGGAAGAGGUGAUUGAGAAGAAGGUGACUCCACCACCAAAACAGCAGAAUGGAGGUUUACAUCUUGACACCACUGCCAAACACAAGAAGCCAGAGAGGACCUUGAGCCGCGGGAGCGUGCGCUCGCCGGAGGUGGAGGAGCAGGACGACGUCGCCCGCCAGGAAGCGGAGCGCAAGCUGGAGGAGCUGAAGCGGCGCCGUGACGAGACGGAGAGCGAGGAGUUCGAGAAGAUGCGGCAGAAGCAGCAGGAGGCCGAGGCCGAGCUGGAGGAGCUGAAGAGGAAGAGGGAGGAGAGGAGGAAGGUGCUGGAGGAGGAGGAGAAACAGAAAAAGCAGGAGCUGCAGGAGAAGAAGGCCAAGGAGGAGGAGGAGAAGAGGAGGAUGAAGGAGGAGAUCGAGAGGAGGCGGGCGGAGGCCGCUGAGAAGAGGCAGAAGGUGGAGGAGUCCACGGACGGGGAGGCCAAGAAGCCCUUCAAAUGUGUCAGCCCGAGGGGCUCGUCGCUGAAGAUUGGGGAGAGGGCAGAAUUUCUGAACAAGUCUGCCCAAAAAAGUACUGUGAAGACAGCACAUACUCCUAUUGUGUCCAAAAUUGACAACAGACUGGAGCAGUAUACCAGUGCUCUUCAGUCCAGCAAGGAUCCCAAGUCCCCCAAGUCUCCAGCUGCGGACCUGCCUGUGGUGACCGACGGAAUCCGCAACAUCAAGAGCAUGUGGGAGAAAGGGAACGUGUUCAGCCCCACCGGAGGCCCGGGGAGCACUAACAAGGAUGCAGCUGGUAUGAAAAUAGGAGUGGCCGGGCGCAUCAACGACUGGCUCAACAAAACUCCGGAGAGCGGCAAGGCGGCCGGAGGGAAACCUGCGGACCUGAAGCCUGGUGAUGUCACUAAUAAGCGCAGCCUAUGGGAAAACAAAAGUUCCUCCCCUACCAAGGUGGCAGUGGGAGGCAAAAGUAAAGUGGUCACCAACGCAGGAACAGGACAUUAACCACACAGAACCAGAGAAGGCCAGAACCAGCAAAACGCAAGACUCUCCUUUUUUGCUUUGUAUAUUUUUAAUACCAAAUAAUGACAACAUGUUUUUCUUUUUCUUUCUCUAU